AUGGUACGGACGCCGUUGAAACGAACAGCUAGCAUCACAGAUGUCCGUUUCACCCUCCGUCGCGUGUUCGGUAAAGAUUCCUUUAGACCAUUACAGGAAGAGAUCGUGGCCGCUGCCAUUGCCGGACACGACGUGUUCCUCUGUGCCGCCACUUCUUUUGGAAAAUCGCUUUGCUAUCAACUACCAGCCGUGGUCUCUCUCGGAGUCACGGUCGUUAUUUCUCCUCUCCUAGCUUUGAUGCAAAAUCAAGUCCAAUCGGCACGAGAGUUGGGCAUUGCGGUUGAAUGCAUCAAUGGCUCAACUCAACGGUCUGAGAGAAAACGGAUUGAAGAUGACCUUCUCUGUGGUCACCCCGAAACCAAGUUGCUCUAUGUCACCCCUGAGCUUUGCGCAACAAAACGUUUUCAAAACCUUAUUCUCCUAGUUCACCGCCAGGGUCAACUGGUACGCGUCGCUAUUGAUGAGGCCCAUUGUAUCAGCGAAUGGGGGCAUGACUUUCGUCCCACCUACAAAGAGCUGGUAUGGCUCAAGAAAACACUAAAUUGUCCUUCUGUGCCCGUGAUGGCGGUCACAGCCACAGCGACGCCGCAAGUUCGGGGAGACAUCUUCAAAUUUCUUGGACUCGAUGAAACCAAGACGAAAUGCUUCUCAACGCCGACAGCACGACCUAAUAUACAUUACGAGGUCCAAUACUUCUCUCGAUCUAAUCCGGAAAAUGGUGAAGAUGACAUAUUCCCCUAUCUCAUUUCCAGACUAGGUUUCAUGCAUCAAAGACGACUGAUGCUUCUCCAGUAUCUUUCUCAACAAGACUCCUCACCCGUGGUGGCACCUAUCAGCGGGAUAAUCUACGUCACUCGCCGGACCGAAGCUGACGAACUGGCCUCGAAACUGACCGUAGCAGGUGUUCGAGCGCAGUCUUACCAUGCUGGUCUAGAUACGACCAAGCGCGAGAAGAUACAAAUGACUUUCGUUCGAUACGCAAUUGGCGAUCCCCGACUAUUGCAAGCUGAUAAUGACCGAAGUCUCACGGCCUCUUUCAACAUCAUAUGUGCGACCACGGCUUUCGGGAUGGGUAUUGACGUCCCAACAAUUCGAUUCGUCAUCCACUACGGUCUCCCAAGAGGCAUGGAAUCGUUCACACAAGAGUCAGGCCGUGCAGGUCGAGACAACAAGGCUGCUUCGAGCAUAAUACUGUACACGCGCGAAGAUAAAGAACGCUGCGAAUUCCAUGUCAAACGCGAUGCGGCGAAAGAGAAGAACAAGACCAAAACCGAAUCCAGGAUGCAGUCGUUGAAAAGCGUGAUCGAGUUCUGUGAGAACACCGACAUCUGCCGGCACAAGAUUGUAUCACGAUAUUUUGGCGGCAAUGAUGGAACGGCCGAAUGUUUCUAUGCCUGUGACGUUUGUAAGGAAGGGACAGCGAAGCUAAAAAGACGAAAAGAAAAGGGACUCGUCACCGAGGAGCAAGCGUUCAAGUUCACGCAGAGAGAAGGCAUUCCGAAUUAUGAAUUCGAUUGA